AUGACUGUUGAUUUAUCGUCAGCCAUUAUUUUAGAUCCUUCUUCGGACGUAGGCCUAUGGCUCUAUUUGCAGCCUGUAUACUUUGAGAUGUCAUCAGUCCAUGUCGCCGGUGGGCAGACAGGCGGUCUUUUGUUCUGCCAAGGACUCUAUUUUGAGAGAGAUCCUUCGGGUCCACCGGGUCUUGUCCGUGCGCGCUAUAUGGCCCGCCCACCAUUUCAAGCUCAAGAUCUUAGUGACUACAUCAUUUACACCUGUAUUUUUUCGAAUAGCUUUUUCGCGAAUACGGUUGCGAAGGGAGAUGCCCAGAAUUGGUUCCUUCUUCCUUCUUAUAUGCAAAUGUUAAGUUCUUGGCUGAUAGUUGUGUGUGUCGGGCUCUGUAUAUAA